AUGGCAUACGCUCCUUUGCAGGACCAAUUGGGCUCCGCUGCAUGUCCGGUCGUCGUGCGUCCCCACAAACACGCCAAUAACUUUGAACUCCAGGACGAGAAUUUGCUACGUCUUCUCACCGACAGCGAUGUUGCAGACCUCCCUGUGGUGGUAUUGUCAGUCGCAGGGGGCUUCCGACUCGGAAAGUCCUUCCUUCUCGGCUUCUGCAUCAGGUACCUGAAGCAACUAGAGAUGUCGUCAGACCGAUCAGAUUGGAUGGGCGAGGAGAAUAUACCCUUGACGGGCUUUUCUUGGAAGUACGGCAGCGAAAGAGAGACGACUGGUAUCCAGCUGUGGGGAAAAGUUUUCAAAAUCAAGACACGACAACACGGACUCGUGGCUGUCGUUCUGAUGGACACGGAAGGUUCAUUCGACAACAGGUCCACGAUGGAAGGAAAUGUCACAGUUUUCUCAAUGAGCGUGCUACUGAGUUCUGUCCAAGUGUACAACCUGACCAAACAAAUAACCCAAUCCGACUUGGAACACCUGAAGCUGUUUACGGAGUAUGCUAGCAUGGCUAGAAGUGCUGGCGGCCGGGACAAAGAAGUGUUCCAGAAGCUCCUGUUUCUCAUUCGUGACUGGCAAUAUCCCGGAGAGAAGUCGUUCGGACUGGAAGGAGGAGAAGCGCUGCUUCAGCCUUUCCUUCAAAGGGACCCCACACUGCAAAAUGAAGUAUCCGAACUACGUGAAAACAUCCGAAACAGCUUCAGCGAAGUGAAAUGUUUCCUUAUGCCUAGACCUGGUGACGCGGUGGAGAACACGAAAUUCGACGGAAAACUUCGUGAUAUAUCUGGAGAUUUCAAGUAUCACUUGAAGAACCUCGUGUCUUGCCUUCUUUCACCUGAAAGGCUAAUUCCGAAAAAGAUCAACGGAAGAAUUGUCACGUGCAAGGAGCUCGUGUCCAUGUUUGAGAGUGUCACGCUGAGGAAGACCAAAUUCUCUGAAACCGUCCUUGUUGAGAAGAACACGACACAGUCAGCGGGAACAAAUGCUAGCACCAAUUUUUGCAAUAACUAA